UCAUAUAUAAGUAUUGGAUAUUAACAGUUCCGUAAAAAAAACUCCAAACACACGCAGAAACAGAGAUGAUGGCAAGCACAACCAUUUCGGGAACAGGAAGCGGUGGUGCAGAGGUUCCAAAAAUCGCGUGGAACGAAACCCAGCACAGGUUCGAGACUGAAGACAAGAAAGCGUACAUAGAGUACGUGAUGAGAGAUAAUGGGAAAGUGAUGGACAUAGUCCACACCUUCGUACCAUCUUCCAAGAGAGGCUUAGGCUUGGCUUCUCAUCUCUGCGUUGCUGCCUUCAACCACGCCAAAUCUCAUUCCUUAUCAGUCAUACCCACCUGUUCUUACGUCUCUGACACUUUUCUUCCAAAGAAUCCAACUUGGAAUUCUCUUUUGUAUUCGGAGGAUCUCAAGUCCAAUAUAUGAAUAAGUUAGGCUCAUCAGCAAGUAAUACUGUAAUGGAGGAAGACAUUUGUAAAACCUAAGUGGAGGUUCUUUUGCUUCCGCUCUUCUCAUCUUAAAUGGGUUUUUUUCUUUUUUCAUUUGCAGCCUGAAGACGUCAUAUUCUAAGCUGUGUCUGCAGAUGGUGUAAUCGUCUCUAUCUAUGCCUUGUGGUUGUAAUUUGACUAAUAAGUAUUUAUCUUUACUUGCUCAA